CAUCACUACAUGUGUUAUACACGAAUUAGGGUUUAAUGGUACGUUAGACUCCACGGAAUAAAAUCAAACACUUGUUGCCUGCUUCUUGCUUGGCUUAUUCUUUGACCCUAAAUAUGAAAGCAUAGGAUGCAUUUCCACUGUACUACACGGAUAUUGCAUGGAAGAUGAUAGUGCUUUUCAGUUAUCGUUAUGAUAACCUCAAAUUCAGGAGAUUGUUGAUUACUGUUUAUCAGUACAAUCAGUUAAAAAUGCCCGACCGUUGUAGUGUAAUUGUAUGAUGUCACUUAAAACACAGUCAUUCUGGAUACUUUCGAUUUGUCCGCCAUAGAUGGCCAUAGUGUAAAUUAGAUAAACAAAAACGUACUUAGAAGCGCAGUGUAAGGCCUAGCGAUAGCAGACGAGAAGGCUGUAAUCAGGAAUUACAUUUUUUUUGUGUCACGCGUAUCAACGUGCUUUCUUAAGUAAAUUUGUGUUGUUGGGGCGGUUAAUGUAGAACCUUAGGUGUUCCAUAUGAUAAUGAAUGUUGGGAGCUAUUGGGAAGCAUGAAACUAAAGGGCUGAGGGAAGUCGGUGGGCGUGUUAUCUUACUAGCCACGACAAAAACAUACGAGAAUGAUGGAACUAUAGACCAGAGAGCUAGCUGAACAUGGGGAAGUUGUUGAGCCUUUUGGCUCGCGAUGAUUCAAAUUGCUGCUCACCUCAGAAGUACGACGUCUUUCUGGACUUUGAAAAUGCCCAACCGACAGAUGGGGAACAGGAGACAUUUGAGGAAGUGCAACAUGUGCUGAGAAACUCGGAGCCGAUACUUGAAGAGAUCCAAUGCUACAAGGGAGCAGGAAAAGAGAUCCGAGAAGCAAUCUCCACCCCAACAGAAGAAUUUCAGCAGAGGGCGUGGCAUGCUGUGUUGCCACUUGUUUCUAGGUUGAAGCGAUUUUAUGAAUUUUCUACAGAGCUGGAGGUUGUGGUCCCAAAAAUUCUGUUCCAGCUAUGCUCUGGACCCAUGACACCCACCCAGCAUCUUGAGAUGCAACAAGCCCUUGUCAAACAGUUUGCUGAGAUUCUUGAAUUUGUACUCAAAUUUGAUGAAUACAAGAUGAAGACGCCAGCUAUUCAGAAUGACUUCAGCUACUAUCGACGCACGAUCACAAGGCAACGCAUGUCGAGCCACAACGGGUUUGAACACCUUGACACAAGAGAAGUGACCAAUGAAUUAGCCAACCGCAUGUCCCUCUUCUAUGCGCAUGCCACCCCUAUGUUGAAAGUUCUCAGUGAGGCCACAUCUAUGUUUGUGAAAGAGAAUUCAGACAUUCCAAUAGAAAACACAACGGAGACUUUAAGUACAAUGGCCAAAGUUUGCCUCCGUAUGUUGGAGAAUCCGAACCUGAUUUCUCAGUUCCAGCGAGAGGAAACACAGCUGUUUGUACUUCGAGUUAUGGUUGGAUUAGUCAUCCUCUAUGAUCAUGUUCAUCCACAAGGAGCAUUUGUUAAGGCUUCGAAUGUAGAUUUCUUGGUUUUAUGGUCUCAGGUGAAGGGGUGUGUGAAGUUGCUGAAGGAACAGCCAGCUGCCCGGUCUGAAGGACUUUUAAAUGCACUGAGGUAUACAACGAAACAUUUGAAUGAAGAAGCUACUCCAAAGAAUAUCAAGAAUCUACUGGCUGCAUGAGAAGGAUGUAUGUAGGCAGAGCAAUUUGGUGUGGGCCUUGGAUCACAUGACACAAAGUGUUUUAAUGUUGAGACAACACAUCACUGCCUUAGUGCACAUUUUGUACAGAUUAUAUAAUGGUUGGCAACCUGGAAUUGCAGCAACAUGACAUUUUAUAUAGGCAACUUUCAGUCAGAGUAAGUGAAGCAUUACAUUCCAUUACAGUUGGUUCAUUUAUGAAGACCUACAUUAUGUAGCAGUCUGGCAUAAUGCCACCAAUGGUUUGUGAUUGUGUAUUUGCUCUCUUAUGUUUGAAUAUUUCUGCAUAUCAGUUGUUAACUCUUUGUGUUUUGGUUUUAACACUUUCUCAGCUGCAUGGGAUUUAUGGUAAAUAAUGAAUUGAGAAGAAUGUGGAAAAGGACGGUCAUAGUCUUAUUGUACUAUUUCAGUAUAAGUCUUGAAGGGCUGAGAGUAUACAUAGAAAGCCCAGUCAGAAUAGCCAACCUGCAGGCUGAAUAUGAAGAACUUCUGACAUUUCAACUGCAAUGUCUGGUAGUUUGUGGACAGGUGGUUCAUGAAUAGUUGUAUGCUGGAAUUUGGCAUGUAAAGUAAAAGUAAAGCUGUCCCUGUACCAUGCCGUAAAGGCCCAUAGGGUUGUGAGAUGUU